AGAAGUUCUACCAACUUCUCGAGCAUGCUGUACACUCUGGCCGGAGGAGGCACGCUGUGCGGCGUGGCUGCACUAGUGCUCCUAAUUGUCUCCACAGCGACCGACUUCUGGAUGCAGUAUCGGUACUCGGGUAGCUCAGCCAAUCAGGGCCUUUGGAGGUUUUGCAUCAACCACAAAUGCCACGCUCACACCAUCACUGUAGCUUUUUGGGAUGCCACUCGGGCCUUCAUGUUGUUGGCAGUGCUCAGCUGUUUUGCUGGCGUGGUCCUUGGCCUGAGUGCCUUCACCAACGGUACCAAGAACAAGAGGGUCCGCAUGGGGGGAAUUGCCCUUGUCCUCUCAGGGUUUCUUGCUCUCUUGGCUCUCUCCAUCUACACCGGAGUGACAGUCACUUUCUUUGGGAAACGCUUCUUGGACUGGCGAUUUUCAUGGUCCUACAUCAUCGGCUGGGUAGCCAUCAUCCUGGCUUUUGCAGCAGGUGUCUUUCAGCUCUGUGCUUACCAGCGAACUGCAGAACCUACCCCUUCAAACGCCCCUGACAGUUGA